AAGCAGUGCUAUAUAUUUAUAUAUAUAAAUGAUUUAGUGUUUAUUCUGCAUUCUGUUCUUGAAAAGAAGUAAAAUUAGUCUUAAUUUAUCAAAGAUCGAGAUCGGGGGAAUCGGGAGACAUUGGCUCAGCAUCAUUAUUUGUUUAUUCAACGUCAAGAUUUACUGAUAUCACAUUGGUUGGUGAUUUGUCUUGUAUUUGUUUUAUUUACUGCCACAUUAAAAACAUAACAGCUUAACAAUGAGCUGUAUAAGGUGCUGUUUGUAUAAUACAAGAUCUCUAGUAUCAGCGAAUCAUGUUACGAAUCACGUGCAAAAAAUAGUACGAGUUGUAGCAGCAAGAUCAUUAUCGACAACUUGUGUAUUAUCUAAAGCGCCUAGUGAACCAACACCGCCUAAUAAAGAUAUUGGUACUACAGCAGGUAGUGGAAAUGGAAAUGGCAAAGGAGGUGGUGGAGGAAAAAAAAAUACAUUAACAUGUCCAAAGUGUGGGGAUCCUUGUACACAUGUUGAAACGUUCGUAUCGUCAACGAGAUUCGUAAAAUGCGAAAAGUGUUCCCAUUUCUUUGUGGUAUUGUCAGAAAUUGACUCAAAAAGAAGUCUUAAAGAAACAUCAAGAAGUGAUGACUCUAAACAAGGAUUCUACAGGAAACCUCCACCACCUCCGAAAAAAAUAUUUGAAUACUUGAAUAAGCAUGUGAUAGGUCAGGAAUACGCUAAAAAAGUUUUAAGCGUAGCAGUGUACAAUCACUAUAAACGUAUUCACAAUAAUCUUCCACCUCAGAAUUCAAUGCAAGCCGGCUCUAACCAAGUUGGACCACAAGAACUCAACUAUCCAUUUACUCACAGAGGUCUUAAACCGCAUUUACUUCACGUAUCGAGCUUGGGAAAUCCAUUGAGUGUUGGUCUUCAACAUCCGCCUGGUAGUACCGACCAACAAAAGGCCAGUGCUAACCAAUCAGUCCCUGGUUCAGAUAUUUUAGACAGCACUCAACAUCAAUUAAAAUUAGAGAAGAGUAAUAUUCUUCUAUUAGGCCCUACCGGGUCAGGAAAAACUCUGUUAGCUCAAACAAUAGCCCAGUGUUUAGAUGUACCCUUUGCUAUUUGCGAUUGUACGACUCUCACUCAAGCUGGAUAUGUCGGUGAGGACAUCGAGAGUGUAAUAGCUAAAUUACUGCAAGAUGCAAACUAUAUAGUCGAAAGAGCUCAAAUGGGUAUUGUAUUUUUGGACGAGGUUGAUAAAAUUGGCGCAGUACCCGGAAUCCAUCAGUUACGUGACGUAGGUGGUGAAGGUGUACAACAGGGUAUGCUAAAAAUGUUGGAAGGUACUAUCGUCAAUGUACCGGAAAGAAAUAGUUCACGUAAAUUACGUGGUGAUACAUUACAAGUUGAUACAACAAAUAUUCUGUUUGUUGCGUCCGGAGCUUACAAUGGCCUUGACAGGCUCGUGUCGCGACGUAAAAAUGAAAAAUAUCUUGGUUUUGGUGCUGCACCAGCAACUGAAAAUCCUGGUAGAAGAGCAGCAUCAUUAGCUGAUGUUGCCAAUAUGUCACCAUCAACUGAAGAUGAUAAUAAAGAAAAAGAUGUUUUGUUAAGACAAGUUGAAGCACGAGAUCUUAUUGACUUUGGAAUGAUUCCUGAGUUUGUUGGAAGGUUUCCUAUUUUGGUGCCUUUCCAUACGCUUGACAGAAAAAUGCUCGUAAGAAUUUUAACUGAACCCAGCAAUGCCAUGGUCCCACAGUAUCAAAUGCUGUUUUCAAUGGACAAGGUUGAUUUAACAUUUACAAACGAAGCCCUUGAUGCAAUAGCGGCGCUUGCAAUGGAUAGAAAAACAGGAGCCAGAGGACUUCGUGCUAUCAUGGAGUCACUUUUACUAGAGCCAAUGUUUGAUGUACCCGGUAGUGAUGUUUUGAGUGUACACGUUACUGAAUCAUCUGUUGGUGGUAAAGAUAAACCUCAAUAUGUAAGAAGAGGUGACUCAACAACUGAAGAAGACCCUCAACAAGAACAACAAGCACAGCAUGUGAAUAAUUGAAAUUUACAGUAAGAGGUGUAAUGCCUCAUGUUAAAUAAUAAUUUUUUUUUUUAAUUAAAUAAAGAUAUUUAACAAAUUGUGCGCGUAAUUAUCGAAAUAAAAUUUUAAUUUUAAAAUAAAAAAU